AAUUUUAAAAGUGCUAUGUUAUUUGGGCACUAUUUUUUAAAAAUAAUAAUUGAUUUUAAUUUCAUUUCAGCCGUAUGUAAAAUAUACAGUGGUCAAAAAGCAAUUCGUGUGAAACAAGCUGUAGACCGUCAAAAAAUGUUGAGGCUAGAAAGUGACUUCAGAAAAGGAAAGUCUUUACCUGAAACAAAGUUGGAUGCGAAUGAUGAGACCAGAAUAUCUCCUUCUAAAGAACUUCCUGUUGUUGAUGAGUAUCUAUCCUUGGAUUCUGCCAAUGUAGAAUUUUCUCCUGAAGAAUUACAAAUGUUUGAAGAAGAAAAUCAGAGGCUAUAUGAAGACAUGAAUACUCUGGUGGAUGAAGUUAGGGAAAUAGAAGGAAAAGUUGUUGAAAUUGGAAGAUUACAAGAAAUACUCUCUGAAAAAGUUCUUCAGCAGGAUCAAGACAUAAAUAGAAUAUCUGAUACUGUCAUGGGUACCACUGAAAACAUUAAAGAAGGAAAUGAAGAACUGCGUGAGGCAAUGAAGAAAAAUGCUGGCUUCAGAGUCUGGAUCUUAUUCUUUUUAAUUGUUUUAUCAUUUUCAUUGUUAUUUCUGGAUUGGUACAGCCCAUGAUUAUAUCUGUAUAGUAUAGAAUUUGUAAAAAGUUUUGUUUAAUUAAAUUUAUUUUAAAUAUUUAUAGGCUGUAAUUUCCCCCCUAAGAGAAGUGAAAAAGGAAAUGAUGAAAUUCAGACUAAAAUUAUAAAUAAAUUAUACAGAAUAGAUCA